AGAUCCCCUGGGAGACCUCCUGUAGGGACAGGGCAGAGAGAGGCCUCCAGGGGCAGAAACUUUGGGAGGCAAAUACCCCUGGGAGAUAUUUCCCUGCUCCAGACGGAGAGUGCUGGCCAGAGUGGGAGAAGGAUUCACGGUCAGAGGACAACGCCCCCCCAGGUCGCCUGGGAGACCCCGGAGCGACCCCGGGGGUGGCACAGGUCGAAUGCGGGCCAGGGAGACCUCUCCUAGGUUGGGGGCGAUGGGGACACGAGCCCCGCAGAGCCUCCUCCUUCUCCUCCUCUUCCUCCCCAUGCUGCCGCCACGCGGGGCCUCCGCAGGGAGCCUGCAUAGCCCAGGCCUGUCCGAGUGCUUCCAGGUGAAUGGCGCCGACUACCGGGGCCACCAGAACCGCACAGGCCCGCGCGGGGCGGGUCGCCCUUGCCUCUUCUGGGACCAGACGCAGCAACAUAGCUACAGCAGCGCCAGAGACCCCCAGGGUCGCUGGGGGCUGGGAGCGCACAACUUCUGCCGGAACCCAGAUGGUGAUGUGCAGCCAUGGUGCUAUGUGGCCGAGACAGAGGAGGGCAUCUAUUGGCGCUACUGUGACAUCCCCACGUGUCACAUGCCAGGGUACCUGGGCUGCUUCGUGGACUCGGGAGCACCUCCGGCCCUCAGCGGCCCCAGUGGCACCUCAACGAAGCUCACGGUCCAGGUGUGCCUUCGCUUCUGCCGCAUGAAGGGCUACCAGCUGGCGGGCGUGGAAGCUGGCUACGCCUGCUUUUGUGGCUCUGAAAGCGACUUGGCUCGGGGUCACCCGGCCCCAGCCACCGACUGUGACCAGAUCUGCUUCGGCCACCCGGGGCAGCUGUGCGGUGGCGAUGGGCGCCUGGGAGUCUACGAAGUGUCAGUGGGCUCCUGCCAGGGGAACUGGACCGCACCUCAGGGCGUCAUCUACUCCCCGGAUUUCCCGGACGAGUAUGGGCCGGACCAGAACUGCAGCUGGGCACUUGGCCCGCCGGGUGCCGCUCUGGAGCUCACCUUCCGACUCUUUGAGCUGGCGGACCCGCGCGACCGGCUGGAGCUGCGCGACGCGGCCUCAGGCAGCCUGCUCCGCGCCUUCGACGGCGCCCGCCCGCCGCCGACCGGGACGCUGCACCUGCGCGCAGCUGCGCUGCUUCUCACCUUUCGCAGCGACGCGCGUGGCCAUGCGCAGGGCUUCGCGCUCACCUACCGUGGUGUGCAGGACACCGUGGAGAACCCGGUGCUCCCCAAGGGCUCCGCCCAGACCCCUGCAGCGCUCCCCGACAGGACCAAUGUGAGCUGUAGCCCCCGGCCUGGGGCUCCGGAGGCCGCAAUGGGGGCCCGAGUCUUCUCGACUGUGAUAGCCGUCUCAGUGAUACUGCUGCUUCUGCUGCUGUUGCUGCUGAUGUCGCUACUGCGCCUGCUGCGUCCACGGAGCUGUCUGCUGGCUCCAGGAAAAGGGCCCCCGCCGUUGAGGCCUUCCCAAGGCUCUGAGAGAAGCUGGGCCGUGUGGUACCGCCGUCCUGGAGGGGUGGCACUGCCCUGCUCCCCUGGAGACCCCCAGGCUGAAGGUCUAGCCUCCAAUUAUCGCCCCUUGAGCGCCUCCAGCCAGAGUUCCCUGCGUUCACUCAUCUCUGCUCUCUGA